AUGCGCGAGUUUAUGUGGGUUGAAGCUGAGAAAAGGCGGUUGCACGACGAGUGGCGGAAUGCGAAUGCUGUAAAAUUGUGCGAAGAGGCUUUCUGGGAGUACUCGGGAUUUUGGUUGGCAAAUUUUGGCAUCGGCAGACCACCGAAAAAGCUGAGCCCGUUCAUCGGAAUGUCCAGCGAAGAGGACUGGCCAUCGCAGCGAUUUCGCGAUCAUGUCAUCAAUAGAUUAGAGCCCGAGUUGGCACGCAAUCGUCAGAAUGCUCCAAAUCUACCCGUGCCCGGUGAUGCUCGACAGGUCGAAGAAUACGUUUUCCAAAAAUGUGUCUCCAAAGAUGAAUACAUGCGCACGAUUGCAAAGGUGAUAAAUGCAAUCAAUUGCAACAGCAAAUCAGCGGCCGUGCCUCCAGUCCUUCAGCCAGCUCCAUUCCCGUCACCCGGACAAACCCCACAGUCUCAACAAUCACAGGGACAACAGGGCACACCAAAUCCACAGUACCGUGCUGGUGUCCCUCCAGACCCACAACCAACACAGGCUCGUCAACAACAGAAUGGACCCACAGGUAUUGGCACUCCACCAUCGGCUCCUGCUCCCCUCCCUUCACAAAAUGCUCAUCAGACCAAUCAGACAACCAUGGGACAACCACCUCCACAAAUGAGCAGCGCGCAGCCGCAAAACCCGAUGAAUCAAAACUUCGGACCGGCACCUGGCAGUGGCUACAAUCCAAGCAUGUUAAAUCAGCAACAAGGUGGCUACAAUCAACCAACCUAUCAACCAAAUAUGGUCAAAAGAGAGCCGCCAAUGACGCCUGGUCCACAGUAUCCGAGCCCGAUGGGUGGGAUGAGACAAAUAGAUGUACAAGGAAGACACUAUCCAACCACGGCUGCACCACAUCAAGGAUAUGGAAUGGAUCCAAAUUAUGGACCGGGACAUGGUGGAAGCGUACUUGAGAGCCUCAUCAAUACUCCUCAGGGAGGGAAUUUUCAAAAUCAAAGCAUGAUGGGCGGACAUCCAGAUGGACGAAUGCAACAACAACAUCCUGGCAUGGGUAUGCCCGGUGGACCGAUUGGUGCUCAAGGGCAUUUGGGGGGUCAAGAAAUGAACAAUGAGCAAGCACAAUACCAGAUGAAACUCAACACACUCAAGCCAUAUUGCCACAAUUUGAGAAUUCGUUCUCAACAAUGCAGACUUGAAGGGAAUUUGGAUGCUGCAGGGAAACUAGAGACGAUGCUUGGUGUGUUGGAGGGUCGACGAGUGGUCUCGUUGGAAUAUUUAUCGAAUCUCGAGUCAUGGAUUCACAAGAAAGCCGACUUCCUUAAUCGCGGUGUGAUGACCUCGUCGACGGGAGGGACGCCCGGCUCUCGAGGUUCACCCCUCACUGCCACUCAACCACCGCCACUGCAACCGAUGGGAUCACAAAGUGCACCGUUCGGCGCACCACCACUUCAGCAGCAACCACCCAUGGCCGCUCAGCCCAGAGUACAACCAUCAAUGAUGAGCCCGGGUACAGGACCACCACAAGGAAUCGAUCCAAUGGUGAUGCACGAUCCGAUGCAACAUCCUGGCUAUGGCUAUGGAAUGGGCGGACCAGGCGGCCCACCAAUGUGGGCUCCACCAAAUCAACAUCCAAUGAUGAUGCAGCAACAAUUCGCACCACAUCAAAUGGGUGCCGGCGGUGGCCCGAUGCAUGGUGGUUACCGGGGAGAACACGUCGAGCACCACAGACCGUACCCAAUACAAAGACCGACUCACAUGCAAGCCCAAAUAGGUCAACCACAAGGAAUGCCACCUCAACAAGGACUACCCCAACAAGGACCACCAUCGCUUUCUGUUUAUGUGAUGCCCUCUUCGUCACCACUCUCGACAUCUUCUCUACCCACUCCACCGUGCCCAAUCCCUUCAAAUCAGUCGAACAAUCAUCAAAUUCAAAAUCAGGGUCAAUCACAAGAUGAGACUUUCUACGGUUUGGUCGACGAUUUCUUGCCGACUCCACUCGACACUCCACAAGGCCCUCCACCACCGAAUGCUCAACAACGUCACAAUGCUCACCGGGGAUCGGGAAUGCUGUCGGAAACAGCACGCAACGAGUUGGCACAUCUGUCUAGUCGAUUUGAAACCGAUUUCAACCAAAUUGAGAGUCACGAUGGAAACACAGUAAUCGUCAAGAUAAAACUGAAGUCUCAUAAUGUGCCACUAUUGCGUCUGGUUGUGCCAAUUCACUAUCCAAAUGGAAUGAUUUCAGUUGAUCGAGCAGCGCUUGAUAUUGACGCCUACUUCUAUGAUGAUUUGCAAAACGCGGUUCACGAGCGUUUAGCGGCGCCUGGUUUACGAACGAUCACGCAAUUCCUCGAAACAUGGGAAAGCACAGUACGUCAAUUCUACAUGAUGAACACAGCGCCUCAAUCAGGCACAUUCGAUGACCUCUUUUCGACUUAUGAUAACAUCAUCUCC